UUUUAGAGUUCGAGGACAGUGGUUGUUAUUUCGAGGUCCUUGAAAUUUUUUGUUAGGCCGAUGGCCGAGUUUAUUCAAAAGAUUUUAAUUACUAUUGUGAAAUAAUGAUAAUAAAUUGCGUUAUUCUAAUAAGUUUCAAUGUUUAAGUGAAAUUCAUUUGAUCUGAUUCUCCAUUUGUAUUAAUGGAAAACGGUUUCCGAAUAGGUACGAAUUUGGUGUAGGGAACAAAGUAGAACAAAAAGAAUAAAAGCAUCUCCGUUAUUGUUUAUUUUGAUUAGCGCGUACGCAAAAGCUCAUAAAAACAGAAAUUCGAUCCGUAUUUGAAAUCUGUAGAUAAGUGAAUUAGGUUUGUGAAAGUUGACGAUUUUUGUGCGGUGGUGACACCCCACCAAAUGCGAAGGAAGAAAGUUGUUAUUGCAAAAACUGCGAGCGAAGCAAAAUAUUCGUAAAAUUUUGCCACAACCCAUUUCAAAAGAGAAGGCGUUUGGCUGUGUGUAAAUCGUGUUUGCCUUCGCCAAGUGAAGUGUCGUCGGCUGCCUGAACUGGUGGAGGAGAAUAAACACACGGCCCGCGCGGAAAGGAUUUAGCAGCAAGCCGCUGAUGGAGCUGAGCGCUGAGAGUUUGAAGGCGGACUUGGAGUGUUUGUGUUCGUGAAAAAUUAUUCAAUCGUUCCGUCAUAUUGCAAUUCACCGAACAAAAAUAUAUAAUACGUGUGUGCUCAGAAGCUGGUUAUUCUGUAAAAUAGCUUUAUAGAAUUGGAGUGGCGCAACGGAAUCAGCAGGAGAAGCAACAUUUAUCGGGGGCCACCGAAAUUAACGCUGCGCUGAUACUACCAACGGCUAGACGAUAGCAUGAACUACCGUUAUCUACACGCUAAUCAUCACACACGUCACCCAGCAGCAGUAAAUGGAUUCACAACGGAGAUUGCUGCCAGUAGUUCCAACCACCACUACCCAGUUCAACUAGUGCCACAGUAAACAAAGGAUCGAAAGCGUCGAAAGUGAGUCUGCCAAUGCAGAGUGCUCGUUCCUCACAUAGGACUUCUCAUACACUUACUACCACUGAACUGAGCAAAGGCCACGAGACGAUAAAUCUGUGACAGUUUGUUUUGUUAAGCGUUAUCACAGUCUCUCGAGAAAGUUCAAAGUAGUGCAUCUUCGUACAGCAGUGGCGGAGCAAAUUAAACAAUUGCAGCCACUUCAGUGGUCCGUCCUUAGUGGUGUGUUAUAUGAUGGUACAACGCGAUAUCCCAGUCUAUGUUUUGCACACAUACACCCUGCGUCCGGCGGAAUUUUUCCUUCCUGCUUCGCUUUCGUUCAGAAACCCGUAUCAAAACUACAUCAGCAAAUAGAACGAUCGACAAUCGCGCACAGUAGCAAGCAGUGUUUUUGCGAUACCGUGCUGAUCGGAAAUGAACAGUGCUAAAUGAUUCAUCAUACGCAACGCAGAUCAACGCAGGUUCUCACUUCGCAACAGCCAACGGUACCAGUCGGAGCUGCGCUGGCGUUUGUUAGGCGACUUAUAAAUCUAUGAAUGAAAUUGUGCAACGAUCGCCAACCCGGCUGCUGGACAGUGGAAAAGUGUGGAAUGCAGAACGAAGGAAGCGAGUGUGAUUCAAGUGGAAGUGUACGCUAUUUACUUUGUUGUGGCAAAGUGUGAGCACAGUUCAAUUGAUUGCAUUUAUAUGCCAGUAAACAAAAGUAUUCGCCAAUUUAGUCUAAAGUGAUUUAAUUACGAAAUAUCAAUCCUGUGAGUGUGGGAGUUUUGCGCGCAAACUGCGGAAGCCCAAUUGAAACGACGUAUCAAAUAGUGAAAAUGAAACCCCUACGACUGAUGCUAGAUGUUAGGACAUUAAGUUUAAGUAUUUUAUGGUUGCUGUUACCCCUCAGUUGUGGAUCACAGGUCGACGAGGUGGUCGUGGAUGACCAGCUGGAUGGGCCAAACGUGUGCAAGGAAGUAGACAAGUAUCAACUGUUUGUAACUGCACCGAGGGAAAUUACGUAUCAGGAGCGAUAUCAGAAGUGGUGUGUGGCAGUUCCGCCUAGGUGUUCGGCCUAUCGAGUGAAGACAAAAAUUGUGAAUGAAACUUCCAGUGUAACCAAGGAACGCAUUCUGAAGAAGUGUUGCGCUGGGUAUGAGAAGAAUAAGGAAGGCGAUCGGUGCGUUCCGGCAUGCAGCAAUGGAUGCAAACAUGGAGUGUGCAUUGCACCGGAUACUUGCCAGUGCAACGAAGGAUACGCUGGAAAGAUUUGUAAUAUAAAUUGUCCACCAAACCGUUGGGGAUCCGACUGCAACCAGCUGUGCCUGUGCAAGAACAACUCGACCUGUAACGCCCAGGAUGGAAGCUGCGCUUGUCAAAAGGGCUACCGGGGCGACCAGUGCGAAUACCAGUGUUCGUCCGAUCGUUUCGGGCAGGACUGUGCCGAGGUUUGCCAAUGUCAGAACGGGGGCAAAUGCGAUCCGGUUUCCGGGGAAUGUUACUGCGCACCUGGCUUCACUGGACCGUUGUGCGCUCAGAGGUGUCCAGAGGGUAAGCACGGCGAGCAAUGUCGUUCGGAUUGCCGUUGUCAGAAUGGUGGAAGCUGCGAUUCUCAGACGGGUGAGUGUAUUUGUCCAGCCGGUUAUACCGGAUCCGUAUGUGCUAAUCGCUGCCAGGGCCAAACAUACGGACUGCGAUGCGAGCAAAAGUGUGAGUGCUUCAAUGGUGCGGAUUGUAAUCACGUGACGGGGGAGUGCAUAUGCGCACCUGGAUUUAUGGGGGCAAAGUGUUUGGACUCCUGUCCGCAUAACACCCACGGAUACAACUGCUCGGAGGAGUGCAGGUGUUUGAACGGAGCUGUCUGUGACUCGGCUACUGGCAAGUGCUCAUGUUCCGCCGGGUGGAUGGGAGCCGAUUGCGGGUUAAGGAUGUGUCCGGAUGAUCGUUUCGGAGGGAACUGCCUGGGGCAAUGCGAAUGCGUUGUGAAUAACACCAAGUUAUGCCAUCCAUGGACUGGAAAGUGCCUCUGCAAUCCUGGUUGGAGUAGUAUGCUUUGCGACAGACCAUGUCCGUUCCUGCGAUAUGGACAAGACUGCCUAAUUCACUGCAACUGCAAGAACAAUUCGCCAUGCAAUCAUAUCGACGGAACUUGUAAUUGCAUUGCUGGUUACGACGGAGAGAGCUGCGAAGAACAAUGCAGUAAUGGAACCUAUGGUCAAAAUUGCAGCCAAACGUGUGAAUGCAUGAAUGGUGCCACGUGUGCCCCGGAGACAGGUCAAUGUUUCUGUGCCCCUGGGUGGCAAGGAAUUCGUUGUGAUCGCCCGUGCGACACACAACACUACGGAAAGGAUUGCACCGAACGAUGCAACUGUUCGAACAAUGGUGUUUGUAAUCCAGUUAAUGGUCAGUGUACUUGCCCGGCCGGCUGGACCGGAGAGCGGUGUGACAAGAAGUGUGAAUCGGGACGGUUUGGGCAGAAUUGUUCACAGAGCUGUGAUUGCAGUUUGGAGCACAGCCAUGCUUGUAACGCAACUACGGGAAAAUGUAUCUGCAAAUCGGAUUGGGGUGGUGUUCGCUGUGAAAGCCGAUGUCCGCUAGGCUACUACGGUGAAUCCUGUAACGAAAUAUGCACCUGCCACAACAAUUCGUCUUGUGAUCCGAUCACCGGUGAAUGUAUAUGCUCUCGUGGCUGGACUGGUCCCACGUGUAACGAACCUUGCCCGGAUGGAUAUUUUGGACACGGAUGCAAGGAACGAUGUCCGGUUUCCAACACGACGUGCGAUCAUAUAACUGGGAAAUACUCCUGCCCGCCGGGAUAUAUUGGAACUACCUGUGAACAUCCGUGCCCUUCUGGUACGUACGGAAACGAGUGUCGGCAUAAUUGCACUUGCAAAAACGGCGGAGAGUGCUCUCAUGAAACGGGAACUUGUCAGUGCCCGCCAGGUUGGACAGGUGCCAAUUGCGAAGAAGUUUGCCCGGAUGGUUUCUAUGGGGUGAACUGCAAUCAAAAGUGCAACUGUAAGAACAAAGCCAAGUGCCGGAAGAAUGAUGGUCAGUGCAUUUGUGAUCCCGGCUGGAUGGGAAAUCGUUGCGACGAAGUUUGUCCAGAGGGCUUCUACGGGAAUCACUGCAUGGAGUCGUGCAAGUGCCCAAUUGGUAAUUUUGCAUGUCACGCGGCGCGGGGAUGCGUGUGCAGUGUUGGAUACUACGGAGAAAAAUGCGACGUAUCUCGGGCCGAAGCGAAGGUGCUGCCACAAGAAGAAACAUCCAACGCCGGCCUUGCCUGGGGUCUCGUAGUGACAGUAAUAUUCGUGGGUGUGAUCGUAGCCCUGGUUAUAUACUACCGUCGUCGGGUUGCCAAUCUGAAAGCGGAAGUCAACCACGUCGUCAACUACAUGAUUCAAGAGCAGCCGGGCCAUUUCGACAAUCCCGUCUAUUCGGCGUACCAGAACCAACCGGGCGCGGGCGCCAAUGGUGCUGUUAGUGGUGGACACCCCAACGGAGUUGCUAAUGGUUCAUUGAUACGCAAUAAUCUGCGGAAUCCCAAGUCUAAUUUGGACAAGUAUCGCUACCCGGAAAACGAAUCAGUUGGAACUGACCGAUCGUACUCUAUCCAAUUCCUGUCGGAAAGCCAGAAGAAUUUUGACGCCGACAUGACCAACCCUAAUUAUGAUGUUAAAGAUCAUGUGUAUGAUGAAAUCAAACACAAGGAUGGUUACAAAGAUCUCGACACCGAAUACGACCAUCUCGACUACUCCCGGCCGGGAAGUUCGCACAAGACGCACUAUUUCCGAAUGAACAACCCGCCAAAUAAUUCACCGAAGGAGAUCAAUGUCCUUCGGGAAAAUGGUACGAUCAAUAAUCUGUCCUCGCCGGGUCUGAGCAGUCGGCAGCCAUUGGUUUCCGCUGGGCUGGGGACCACUGCUGCCACGGGUUCAACCGAUUAUGGUUCAUCCUCGUCUAACUCGUCCCCGAUACCUCCUCCGGUGUGCACUACUGGGGCGGAUAGCAGCAACCUGUACGUUAAGAUGUCCUCGGAAAGUCCAUCCUCGGCGGUCAGCGAUCAGGAGUGCAGCGACACCGUCAGCAGCGCAACCAGUAAGAUUCCAGAGCAUCAACUGAAUAUCAAGUAAGUGUGGAUUCGUGUGUCCUAUUUUCCUUAAGAUCUUGUAGCUAAACCGAAAAGCAAUCACUAGUGAAUUCCAGAACAAUCUAUGAACAGUCAUAAUUCAUGAAAGUGUCGUAUCCAACACUAUGCUCAUAGUUUGUAAAGUUUUAUUGUGAGUUUUUAAGAUUGUGAUAACCUAUAAAGUUUGAUUAUGUUUCUCCAGGUAUGUUAGUGUUAAGUAAAUUGCUUAUUGCUAUUCUGGGCAUUGCUUCCCUUCGGAAGUGAUGCUAAUUUUGCUGUCAUUCGAAUAGACUGUUAAACGGAAAGAAUAUAGAGAUCAUUAGUCAUGUCGAAACCGCCAACGAAAAAAGAGUUUAAUUUUCGAAUACUGUCCUCAUCAAUUGCGCCAUUACUUGGCGUGAUUUCAUAAUACUGAUACCGUAAUAUUGAGCGUGCCAAAAUAAGUCACUGUUUUGCCGACAGAUGGGCGAGUUGAGGAUUGUUAAAAGAUACGUACAAAAUUCAUCAUAAACUUGUAUAUUUACAAGCUGCUCACGAGUUAAGAAUGGAAUGAUAUUUUAAAGCAAAAGACCAUGAUUUAAAAAAGUAUAUACAAAAAGAUUUCAAUCAGGUUUACUAUAAAGAAAAACGUAUCUAAAUUUGUCAUUGUUCCCUUUCUUAGGAAAGUUUGCUGAGUUUAUUAAAGUAGGUAUAAUUGUAGAGGAAACCAUAUCAUCAAAAUUAAAUACAAAAAAAAACAUAUAUUUAUAUACACGUUUGGAGCAAACAGAUGCAUCAAAAUUUAUUUAUAUUGUUCAAAUAAUGGCAAUGCAAAAUUUACAACUCUCAAAAAGCAAUCAUAUUCUUAUAGUUGAACAAUUUGUAGAUUUUCUCAUUAAAACUUCUAUUGUAUGAUGAAUAUAUCAAAUUA